AUGAGGAUAGAGACCAUUCCUCAUGUAACAAUUCUUCCGGGGGCAUCUGAGUCCGUGUCCCGGGCCCUGGGCAUCCCGUGUCGAGUGGUUACUAACUUUGGAUCCGCUCAUGACACUGACGCCAACCUGCUGAUAGAAAACCUGUACAGUGAGGAUGGCGAAAGGCUUUCAAGCGGCGACUCAAUCUGGAACUUCCAUGUCUGGGUGGAUAGUUGGAUGACCCGUCCAGACUUGGGGACGGAGUUCGAUGGGUGGCAAACCAGUGACCCGACCCCUCAGGAGACAAGUGACGGGGUUUUCUGCUGUGGACCGGCGUCGCUGAAGGCCAUCAGGGAAGGCGAGAUGACCAAGAAAUAUGACGCACCCUUUAUUUUUGCCGAGGUCAAUGCAGAUGUUGUGGAUUUGGUGCGCCUGUCAAGCGGAGAAUUUGUGCAGUUCAGUGGAUCGACCAAGUCUGUGGGACGUUUCAUCAGCACCAAAGCCGUGGGCUCAGACGACAGGCGGGACAUCACACACCAGUACAAGUACCCAGAAGGUGCUGCUCACCAGAGAGACGUGUUCGAGAAGGCCCAACACCACACCAAGCUGCAGCAGCGAGGAGAACAACCCGGACUCCAUCUCAAGGUCAAGCUGUCGGACAACAUGAUCGUGGGCUCAAACUUUGAGGUGUUCGCCGUCCUGACGAACAACUGCAUGGAGGCAAGGACCUGCAACCUGCUCUUCUUCGCCAAAGCGGUGGGCUACAACGGAAAGCUCGGAGAUAGCUGCGGCUUUGCUACGGAGAGGGUGGAGGUGCCCUCUGGAGAAGAAAAGCGCUUGGCCCUGAAACUGGAGUACGACGCCUACGGCCCAGUGAUCACUUCGGACAGGCUGAUCCUGGUUUCGGCCAUCGCCAUCGACAAGCAGACCGUGGAUUUCCACAAGGCGGAGAAGACGAUUGUGCUGGACGAGCCAGACCUGAAGAUCUCGCUGGAGGGAGAAGCCGCGGUGAACCAGCCUGUGAAGGUGGAGCUGUCGCUGUUGAACCCUUUACCAGAGCCGCUGCAGGACUGCAGCUUCACCGUGGAGGGAGUCGGCCUCACCGGCGGAAAACCCAUCACAGUCAAGAUCGGAGUUGUGGGCCCGAACCAAGAAGCCACAGCCAGCGUUGAGUUCAGUCCUGGCGCUGCUGGCUCCACCGUGCUGCUGGCCAACUUUGACAGCAACAAACUGAAGAAUAUUAAGAGCUUCAUCGAUGUGGUUGUGAAACAAUGAAUCAGUGUAGUUUCUGUAGUUUCGUGAGAUCAACAACGUUAGCAUCGUUGUUGGGGUUUUCACAUAGUGCAGUGGCUACUGUGAUGCUCACGUUUUUAACAUGUUGCUGUACUACACACAUUAUUCAGCCCACAGUUUGGACAUUUUAUUUACAACCCAGUUGUGCACAGCACCUCAAUUCCAGGCUACAGUGGGAAAUAAAUAGCUCUAAGUAUUCUAACAUCAGACAUGGUUUGUUUUCAUAGAUUUCAGAGACUUCACUGGAAGUUGGAACACUGUUAUAGCUGUAAGUAAAGUCAUUUGUUUAGAGGGAAGACUCAUUUUUUUUAGAAAUUUUCAGAGAAAAUAAAGGUUUUAAAUUGUG